GAAGACGAGCAGAAGAUCGAGUACCGCGCGUGGAACCCGUUCCGUUCCAAGCUGGCGGCCGCCAUCUUAGGAGGCAUCGAUCAGAUCCACAUCAAGCCCAACGCAAAGGUGUUGUACCUGGGCGCCGCCUCGGGCACCACCGUUUCGCACGUCUCCGACAUUCGUGGGGCCGGGCAGGAAGGGCUGGUUUUCGGAAGUCCGCUGAGGAGUCCACUCCCACACCGCUCGGGGAGGGAUCUCAUCAACGUGGCCAAGAAACGGACUAACAUCAUCCCCAUCAUCGAAGACGCUCGCCAUCCCCACAAGUACCGCAUGCUGCUGGGAAUGGUGGACGUGAUCUUCCCCGACGUCGCUCAGCCUGAUCAGUGCAGGAUUGUCGUCAACGCUCAUCAUUUCCUCAAAGUCUCUCGCCAUUUUCCCGUUCUUACCCACCCCUCCCCCCUCCAGGCCAACUGCAUCGAUUCGACAGCAGCCCCAGAGGCCGUGUUUGCUGCUGAGGUGAAGAAGAUGCAACAGGAAAACAUGAAGCCUCAGGAGCAGCUGACGUUAGAGCCUUAUGAGAGGGAUCACGCAGUGGUGGUCGGCAUUUACAGGCCUCCCAUGAAGCAGAAGAAAGUCUAGCCGGCCCAGAGCCACCCAGAGGUGCGAGGAGACUGUUUUUCUUUUGGUUUGGAACGGGUUUCGGAGCGCAAAGAACCUCUGGAGAGAAGGAACGGGCGAGACUUCUUCAGACUUUCAGUGUCUCGACCCGAAAAUGUCGCCCAUUCCUUCUCUCCAGAGAUGCUGCCUGUCCCGCUGAGUUACUCCUGUGUUUUGCGUCUACCUUCGAUUUAAACCAGCAUCUGCAUUUCUUUCUUGCACGGACUGGCCUUGUCUAUAUUACGAUGUGUUUUUAUAUUAAAAAUUAUUCGGCGAAUAAAA